AAAAAGAACAACCAGUAUCCGUUCGAGGCUGAGCGUUCAAGGCCUGCUCUGCUAGGCUGCUACUUCACGAAGCUCAAGUUUUUACGUCGUCUUCAAAGCGGUUGUCUGCUUCUUUGUUGCUGGGUACGCGGCCUCGCUUCUUAAGCUAACUCCACAGUUUUCUUUCAGCCUUUCAAUCAGGUGUAGGAUGGGGUUAUCUGCCAAGAGAUCUAGAAAAGCACCAAACAGUGACCUUGAUUCGGAUGACUACAGUGAUAUGGAGAGUGAACGGGUGGAGUCUGAUGCAGAGGAUUAUGAUGAUGAUGAGAUGGAGGAUGAAGAUGACAAGGAGGGAACCUAUGAUGAGGAAGAUGGUAUGGUAGAGGAAGAUAAAUGGAAUAAUGACGAGAUGGAACAGCUUGAGAAAGAGUAUAGGGAACUCCAUCAACAGGAGCAAGAUACUUUACAGAAUUUGAAGCGUCAUAAAGAUGAAGAUCUUCUUAAAGGUCAAGCUGUGAAAAACCAGAAGGCACUUUGGUACAAGAUCCUUGAGCUUAGAGUCUUACUUCAGAAGCCAUACUCAAGUUCAAAUAGGUUACCCCAGGAACCAGUCAGGUCUUCGUUACAUGGUUCUGAUGAGAGCGUUAGUGCAGCAUAUUCAGAUCUUGUGACUUCCUCCAAGGAGACUUUAGAUUCUAUAUUGGAACUGCAAGAGGCUCUGCUUGCCCAGAAUCCAUCUAUUGCCCAAGCCACAGAUGGUUCAGAAAGGUCAUCAAAACAUUUAAACGUUUCUAAGGAUUUGGAUGGCAAUUUUGAUGACGAGUGGUCACAGAUUUCUCAGAUGCAAAAGAGAGUAGCACCUUUCAGAGACAGGUCAAUCAACAAAUGGCAGAGGAUGACACAAGUGACAACUGGUGCUGCUGCCUUUAAAGGCAAAUUACAGGCUUUUAAUCAGGAUAUAAGUGACCAAGUUGCUACUUAUAUGAGGGAUCCCAGCAGAAUGAUCAAGCAAAUGCGGCUGAGAAGAUCUGCUGUUAGUAUAUUUGGAAAUAUUGUGGAGGCCAAUGAUAACUCUAAGGAAGAGGAAACUCAUACUGAUGGUGAUCCCGAACUUCUGGAUGACUCUGAAUUUUAUCAGCAAUUACUAAAAGAGUUUUUUGAGACAGUUGAUCCUACAUCAUCUGAGAAAGCAGUUUAUGCUCUGAAGAAGACACAACAAAAGAAAAGAAAAAUUGUCGAUCGUCGGGCCUCAAAAAGUCGCAAGAUAAGGUAUAAUGUUCAUGAAAAUAUUGUGAACUUUAUGGCCCCCGAGUCCAUGAAUCUUCCAACUAUGGUUCCUAAACUUUUUGGAGAUUUGUUCGGAUUAAAGUCACGAAGAUCAUCUGCUGGUGCAGCAUAAUCUUGCUUGGGGAACAGAUACAUGAUAUCAAGUUUUGUGCAGUAACUGGUCACAACCUAGUUUUACUCAUUCGGCCAACAACAUAUUGUUUAUUGAGGAAUUUUGUUUCUCUCCUCGGAAGGCAACAAUUUAGUGUAGCAACAGGAGGUUUCAGUUUCAAUUCUUCUGUGUUUUUAUGUUCUAAUCGUUGGCAGCAUGUGUCCGUAAGCAAUCUAUGUCCUGCUAAACCAUAAUUAGCCGUUACAUUCAUACUGAAUUUUAAUUCCACAUAGUUAGAUGAUGAUGUAACUUGUUAAAGAUGCAUACAUGAUGGUGGUUUCACAUGUCAAAUCUCCCACUUUUUUUCCCUCUUCACUUAGAUGGUUCAAGGCUUGGAAAAAGACAUAAUCUCUUAUAACAUGUACUUGAUAAUUAUGAAUGACAAUCUGGCAUUCCUUUGUCCUUGUAGAAA